GUGAACUGUACAGUACAAGUUGAAAGAAGAUACAAAAGCACUUGAUGCUGACUCCGAGGAAACAGACAAGGGAAGAGAUUGACAGCAGAACCCCCUGAGAAGGAGGAGACGAAGAAUCGCAUUCUUCGGGACCACUCCCAAGACAUGUCACCAAAAUUAAUGGAGCAAUUAAAAGGUUUGAUGGGGACGAGGAAUUGAGAACUUCCCUGGAUUUGCUUUAGGUUGAAGUCGGAUCCACCCUGUCUGCAAAGGAUUUCCGUACCUUGAAAGGGUUUGCACCAACUUUGUGUUUUACGCUGGAGGCCACCGAAUGUUUUGGAACAGGAUUUGAGAUCCCAUCUCACUGGUUGUCGCAGUGAUCGAAGCAGAGCCAGAUGUUGAUCCUGAACAUAAUUAAAUUGAGCAUUUUUAACGACUUAUACGUGGACUGUUGUUCCCAUUUGAGGCACCGGGGUGCUCAUUAGUAUCAAAUUUCUAUGUCAACAUCAACAGUUCCCGAUUUAAGAGGCACUUAGGACUUGGAACGAAAUAUGAUCAUUUUAACUACAAAAUCAGCACAGUAUGUCUAUUGCUCCCAAGUCAUGAUUUCACAUUGUACUUUUCUGGAUCUUUUGAAUGGAUCUCCAUGAAUCUCUUGUUUUACAAAGAAACGUACACCGUUGGAUCAACAACCUUGAAUAUCGCAGCGUCGCAGCAGCACUUCUUCACAUCAAAGUUUAAAAUGCUCUUGUCUGUUGUUGACACUUGCAAAUAACAUUUGCGGCCAAGGAUGGAUUUUACACAUCUGGACUGUGUACGAGAACUGCAAUCCUGCUCUUUAUUUAUGCUAUGGGGCUUUCAAGAAGAAUGACCUAACAUGGAAACACUGACUUCUCCUCUCAUCUCCAAAAUAAGUGGACUCUUUUUUUUCAUCCCAUGCACACAGCAAGCUUGACGUUUUCUGCCAAAAAUAUCCCCUGAUUUCCCUUUUAAAUAUUCUUCUGAGGAACUAAUGAAAUGAAUCUUUCUUUUUGAGACACCCAGCGUCUGGCGCCAUGCUAUAUCGGCAAGUUGGCUUUGUCCCGUGUUAGUACACAGAUUAUUACUUUCACUUCCAAUAGUCCUAGAAGUUCUGGUGCCAGGAGCCGUAAAUCACAGCAGCCAUGGGGAUUCAGGGAAUGGAGCUGUUUGCCAUCGGAGUAGUCAUCAUUCUGUUCGUGGCUGUCCUUAAACAGUUCGGCAUUCUGGAACCCAUGUCGCUGGAAGACGGUGAGUACAGCAGUGACAGUGACCUUGAGCUGUCCACGGUGCGGCAUCAGCCCGAGGGUCUGGAGCAGUUGCAGGCACAGACCAAAUUCACCAAGAAGGAGCUGCAGUCCCUAUAUAGGGGCUUUAAAAAUGAGUGCCCAAGUGGUUUGGUUGAUGAGGAAACUUUCAAGACCAUCUACUCCCAAUUCUUUCCCCAAGGCGAUGCCACCACAUACGCCCAUUUUCUGUUUAACGCAUUUGAUCUUGACAGAAAUGGCUCGAUCCGUUUUGAGGAUUUUGUGAUUGGUCUGUCCGUGUUGCUGAGAGGAACAGUCACUGAAAAGCUCAACUGGGCUUUCAACCUUUACGACAUCAACAAGGAUGGAUACAUCACUAAAGAGGAGAUGCUGUUAAUUAUGAAGUCAAUCUACGACAUGAUGGGAAGGUACACAUACCCCAGUGUGCGAGACGAAGCUCCAUCUGAACAUGUGGAAAAGUUCUUUCAGAAAAUGGACAGAAAUCGAGACGGUGUGGUCACUAUUGAAGAGUUUAUUGAGACCUGUCAGAAAGAUGAAAACAUCAUGAACUCCAUGCAGCUCUUUGAAAAUGUGAUAUAGCCCGAAAAUGGAUCACGGUAAAGCUGAAACAGCCGUCAACGUCCUAAAACCAGAUCUCUCUAUCUGUCUAUAUACCAAACUAGCACAGCAGUCACUCUCUGUUUUGUCCUGUAGCACUAAUCCCAUGCCUGCUGCACUCUGUAGAAAACUAUAGACCAACACUUAGCCUGCAAUAUGGCGUCACAAUUUAUACUUCACAGCGGGACUACUAGCCAAGCAAAAAAAAAAAGAAGAAGAGCCAGGAUGGCUGGGAUCCUUCCAGUUGCUAAAUACAAGCAACAAAACAAUGAAACUUUUAAACCGAAUGAACAAACCAAGUAGCAAAGCCACGUUUUGUAUAUCAGGUUGAUGGAUUCCCAUGGAGUCGCCCACUUCCACAUGAAAAUCAUCACCAUUCUGGACUGCUGUCUUCUGCCUUAUGAAUGAGGGACAUUACAAGACUCGAUCUCAACCUUCCAUAGUUUGAAGGAGGCUAACUGUGGAUUUCAAGGUUCCAAAGGAGACGAUCUGAAGCACACCAGAGACUAAGCACGUAAUAUUCACCAAAAGAAUAAAGGAAAAUAAGCGACCUGAAGCAUGCCUGUGCAAAUACGUGAGAUAUUUGUGAUUUUCUUGCAUGGAGACUGACAAAGUUGUACAUUUUUCUUCCUCGUUAAGCCAGUAGGUCCCACUGAAGACUGUAAGCAAACUGUAUGCGUGAAGUUACAUAGUGUACUAGUGUUUAUAAGUUCUGCUCAAACUUGUAUUGCACAUAUCAAUGGGGCCAGGAUGGUUUGUUUGGUCACAUUUGAUUCUUGCACAGCAAUGAGGUAUAUGACGUUAUAUUUACAGCAUAGGCAUUUUAGAGAUAUAGAAACUUGUGUUUUAUUUUCAGGAAUGUGUUUAUUUGUCAGGUGGUGUCUAAUGGAAUGCAGGGUUUGGGCAUGAAUUGACAUGUCCAGGUUAUUAUUAAAAAAAUGUGGUUUGCACAUUUUGCUUAUCUAAAAUAAUGAUUUGGAUUUUGCUAUAUAUAUAUUUGAAACAGACUGAGAUCUAUAUAUAUAUAUACUGUACAAGAAAUUAAUUUUAUUGUUAUUAUUUUAUUUUUCAUUUUGCCCAUAUGUUUUUAUUCAUAUGGGCAGCUUUAGGCAUCUCAUUCUCAUUUGUAUUAUCAGGAAUAUUGUAACUCUAUACAUUCACAGAACAGUCCCCCUCUUUGUUUGCCAAUAGUAAACAACUAUUGUCUUCUUUUUAAAGGAACAACUAAAUUGUGAAAGCUUUUGUUUGUUCUUUCUUCAUUUUGGUUGAAGCAGAUACAGUUUCAUGUAGAUUUAUUGAAUAAAAGAUGCACUACUAUUGAUCAA